AUGAGCGAAACGAAUGAAUGCUUAAAUGAUUCAAUUUAUAAUAAUUUAUUUGGUAAAUGGAAUGAUAAGCAUGGAAUGUUGACUUAUUUCUCCUAUUGUUUGAAGUUACUAGAGGUUAAUGGAAAUAAUAAUAUUUUCAAUACUUGUGAAAAACUUCUAAGAAAUGUAGAAGAAAUGAAAUACGAUGGAUACAAUGAAUCUUAUUUAUUCGCACGUUGUAAACUUUUAAACUAUUGGUUGCAAGAUUCGGUGUAUGAUACUCUAGGUUCGGGUGACGCAACGGAUUACAAAAAAAUUAUUGAAAAUAUGCAUGAUGUAUGGAAUCAUUAUAAUAAAUAUUUUAAAACAGGAGCAAAUAUAUGCAAACCUGAAUCGGUUAUUAUUUCAUUCCACGAUAUUGCAAAUGGUAGAAAUAUUCAUGAAUGUUGCUUAAAUCAUUAUACAAAUAAAAUUAAAAAUGCUAGAGAUGAUUGUAUAAGUUAUUAUGGCAAUAUUAAGAGUAAAUGGCCACAAUAUGGAAUAAGUGAAAGUUUAUUUUCAGAAGAAGAUAAAGGAAAAUGUAGAAUGUAUUAUGAUAAAUGUAGAACUUAUAAUCCUAAAUUGGAUUUCCUUAAUGUACAUUGUCUCAAAGGAGUUAUAAAGGAUAAAAAUUCUUCAAACACAAACUCACAAUCUAACACACAAUAUACAGAUGUACACCCAAGUGAAGUACCUGGAGAAAUGCAAGUAGAAGGGGAAAUGUAUGGUGAUGCUACUUCAACAACAACUUCACAUCGUAUUCGCCCUAUCGGUAUGUCAUUAGGACUUUCAUUUCUUGGAAUGAUUCUUCUUUCUACUGUUUUAUACAAGUUUACACCAUUAAAAUUCGCGUUAAAUAAAUUUAUUAACAAUUACAAGAAUUCCAGGCACAAUGUAGACGAUGAAACAUUCCGUGAAUUCUUAGAACAUACGUACGAUUCAGGAAAUAACAAUAUGAAAAAGGAACAAAAUUAUAUAGCAUAUCAUUCUAUAUAA